AAAUUGCAAUUUAUGGCUGAUUUUCAAGAACAGCUGCGACAAUAUCGCGUUCAAAAAAGGAGGAAGGAAACGGUUGACAACUUCAAGGACAAAUUGCGCAGAUUCUGGAUGUUGGGGACCGGAGCUAACAAAGAUACAACAAUAGAGGUACAACAGGUACCCCCUAAAGCGGAAGUUAUUUCGGAAAAUUCUUUGGAUGAGGCUGGGACCUCCAGUGAAAAUGAACUGAUGCCAGAGGAGAGCCCCUCAAGAUCCACAGAUCAUCAUUUCAAGGAAAACAACGGCCUGAAGUACACCCUCUGGGCCGUCUAUCUUUUGUUUUGGAUAACUCUCUAUGUAAUAGCCAUAAAACUAAGUUUUGGAUUAGUUUUCCUUAUGUUCUCCGCACUUUUUGGCAUCUAUUUUAAUACCCGAACGGAUCCAAAGAAGGGGAACGAGAUGAGCGCCUAUAGUGUUUUCAACAAAAAUUGUGAAAGUAUAGACGGCACCUUGAAGGCCGAGCAAUUCGAACGAGAAAUUCGCUAUGGAUCAGGAAGUGUACGAUAGUAACGUCUAAGAGAUCCCUCAAUAACUGUAAUAUAGGCAAUAUAAAAAAAUAUUAACAUACAAA